AUGGCCAGAGAUAAAUCCAAGUUCACUACAUUAAUACAAAAAGAUGGGGUAUAUUUUACCUUCGGCGACAACGCUAAAGGUUAUGAAAAGUAUGAGGAUGGAUGGAUUCUAAAGGGAAGUCGAGGUCAAAUACGUCAACCCUCUGUUACCACUACUCUGACAUGGUUUAAUCCAUUUUAUCAACAAUUCACCGCCUUUAGUGAAACCAUGCAAAUAGGGAUCCAAUCCCUUCAAACCAACUUUUCUGCCCUCAAAGUUAAUUACUCCUCGCUUGAUGAAUGUUUGAGUUGCAUAGAGAAACACUUGAUUAGUUCCUCUCAUACCACUGAUCCUAUGGAUAUCAGUUCAACUCCUAUUAGUGAUGAUGGGAGUGAUGAUGAGGACUCCAAAGAUGGGAGUGAUGAUGAUGAUGAUGAUGAUAAGGAAGACAUGGAAGAAGAUCAGGGUUUUGAAGAAGAAGAAGAAGAAGACUCAGACGAAGAAAGGACUGCAGCUGAAGAAGAACAUCAUUCUGAUAAUGAAAGCUGA